GAUCGAGGGCACUCCCAGUGAACACUUAAAAUCUGCGACGACAACAGAAUCAGGUUGUUCAAGCCCUCUGUCCAGGCGUGUAAAGCUCACCAUUUGAACAGUAGUCCCAGAUACCUAGGAGAUGAGGUUUUUGAAUGUAGAGGCUGUGCUCAACACAGACAAAUGCACCCGACAAGCUGGACACGAAACUGACAAGACGACUGAUUAUGGGGUCAACCCUGAUGUCGAAAUCCUGAAGGGACUCGGCCACCAGUUUACAAGUUAUGCUAUACUGUCGCAUUGUUGGGGAGACGAGAAGGAUGAGGUCAAGUUCGAGGAGAUGAAUGGUCUUGCAGUAAUGGAGACACAUAAGAAGGAUGAUGUCAAGGGGCGCAAUGGCUACAAAAAGAUCAUCAAGAGUUGUGAGCAGGCCAUGAAGGACGGUUACAGGUGGUUAUGGAUCGAUACGUGUUGCAUCGACAAGCGGAGCAGCGCAGAACUCACCGAGGCAAUCAACUCAAUGUAUCGAUGGUACCGCGACUCGCAAAUGUGCUACGUUUAUCUCAACGAUGUCGAUGACUCAGCCCUCCCUACGAAACAAGAUUUCAGCAAGCCUGGCUGGGUAAAUGGUUGGCCAAAGUGGUUUUCGCGAGGCUGGACACUCCAGGAACUCAUCGCUCCCAGGGAAGCGAUAUUCUUCAACAAACGCUGGGAGUCCAUAGGCACGAAAGGGGACCUGACAUUCGUGUUAAAGGGGAUUACGCGGAUUCCGGAUAACGUACUGAGGUAUGAGUGGGUUUUGAGGAGUAUCGGCACUGAUCGUCCACUCAUCGCUCACAUCAUGUCAUGGGCCGCUGACCGGGAGACGACGCGAGUAGAAGAUAGGGCGUAUUCGCUGCUGGGCUUGUUUGACGUGAACAUGCCAAUGCUGUAUGGGGAGGGCUUGAAAGCAUUCCAGCGCCUGCAGCUGGAGAUAAUCCGGGUAUCCAGCGAUCACAGUAUAUUUGCGUGGAAUCCCAAGGGACGGCUUGGAAAGAACAGAAGUGUCCUUGCGGAUGACCCGAGCUGCUUCCGAGAAUGCCAUGACACUGAAACAGAGGAUCUCAGUUGGUUCGCUGAGGAAGCACGGCAAGACAUACGGUGGGAUUGGUGGCGCAGUGUGGACCCCACUCGACUUCUCAGGUUUGAUGUUACCAAUCUGGGCAUCCAACUGUCGUUGCCAGUCUUCCCAAACUACAGUGACUCUUCAUCCAAAUCCAAAUUCACGGAUGAUUCUUCCACUAUACCCGAAGACGACGAAACUGAAGUUAAAUACUACACGGCCAUGUUGCCUUGUCGCGACGGUAAUAGAAACCUGAUUACCAUCGACCUGCAACGUGACGGAUACAAGUGGUGCUCUAGCAGGUCUUUCUGGCCACCACGCAUUCCCAACCGUGCCACACGUCCGGAGUUUAGGUCACUUUAUCUUAAUUGCUUGCAGCACGCCGAGGAAAGUUACCGCAGUUUCAGGUUCCAUGACAAGCGCACCUCGUACUAUGGCUUCAGCCGUUGUGGUGCCUUCCCUCAGAAGAUCACGGACGACACUGUCACAGUCUCCCAAGGAAAAAAUCUCUUCAUCUUAGUCUACGCCAGGGACAAACCCAAAUCUCGCUUCGCCGUUGGCCUUGGAUACUACCUCGGUGAAGUGUGGGCACGCAUUGUCUGCGACGAGUCCUCUGCAUAUCAAGAGGUCUGGUCAUUGGGGGCAGACGAAUUUGCCAAGCAAGUAUAUAAUAUCCUGUGGAAAGCACCUAUCAAGGACCACCCGCUGCUGUAUAUUCGCCAACUCACAGUUCUUAAGAAUGCUCACAUUACUACGAAUGCCCACCUUCCUGGAACCAUUUGGAAUGCAACCAUCGUCCAUACUACUGAAGAUAAGGGCACUGAUAUAGUGGUUGGUAUUGAGCAAUGCCCUGGUUGUUGUAUUGGGCCACGUGAACUUCACAGCGCGUUUCCGUAUGAACUAACGUGGAUUUCAUCAACAAUUGGUUUUCAUGAGUUGGAACUUGAAGGGAAACGCGUAAGGUUUGACGAGUGUUUUCAUCAAAAAAUUACAGUGAGUUGUAACGGAGUUCUUGGGAACUGUGGCAGGCUGACACAAACAGCCGGGCGAUUAUGGUCACUUUUCCCAUGGCAAAUUCGAACGCGAUGGCAACAUACUGCAGGACCUUGGUAUUGAUUCCGCAGACGGGUAUCCAAUGCUGAAAGAUGAGGACAUGGUUG